AUGGACCCGUUGUGCAUUGAGUGCGAAGUUUGCUCCUCAGACGAGACCGAUUUGUUCAAGUGCAAAUCGUGCUUAUCUCCUCAAAAUGAAAACACAGUAGCCAUUCUGUGUCAGUUCUGCGUUCUGAGUCACGUGAGGAAAAAACAUGACGUCACUCAAUUCGACGGCCAGGAGAUAAUAAUUUGUGGAGUGCACAAAAUUAUUUGCACGAACUACUGCAGGAACUGUAAACUGUUUCUGUGCGUGCAAUGUACAAUCAAGCAUAUAUCAGAACAACAUGAUAUUGAAAACAUUGCAAAAAUUGCCAUUGAGUGCAAGAAGAAGAUUCAUUCUAUGCUAGAUGAGUUGGACGUCGAGUACAAAGAGGGAGCUAAGUCGUUGAAGUCGGUUCAAGAUUAUUUUGAAUCAAAAAAAUCUGAAUCGAAGUACACCAAUGCGAAUCAAGUCGAGGAAGCUCUGGUCGAAAUGAUGCUUAAAGUUUGUCACAGUUCUGAUGUCCAAGCUCGCAUUAGAAAUUCUCUUCAAUGGGUUGAUGAAUUAGAGAAGUAUUGCGCGGACGACAAGGAGGACCUUGAAAAAUUGGGACAACAGCAAGUGAAAUUGAGGAGUUUGUUAAGCAAGUCAUGCCUGGAGCUAACGCAAAGUAUUGACUCAGUUUCAGAAGAAGUGUCGAGCUCCAAAGAUGAGGGCUUAUCUAGACGCACAGUCUUUUUGGAAGCGUCGAAAGGAUAUGUUCGAGAGUUCCAGGAGCAUAUCGCAAAAUGCGAGGCUCAUUUUGAGUUGGAAUUGAACCGCGCAAUUUCUGGCUUCCUAGACGGCAUCGGGGACAGACGUUUUUAUCCUGGGCGGUUUCAAUUUCAGCUGGAAAAAAUAACUUUUUAUGAGACCGUGAAUCACUUCAAGGCGGACAACUUAAUUUUGAGCGCUACUGACUCAGUGAUGUGCAUUGCACUCGUCAAUGGGAAUGAGGAGGGAUAG